AUGGACAGAGGGCAGGAUAAGGACGAGGACAGAGCGCAGGAUAAGGACGAGGACAGAACGCAGGAUAAGGACGAGGACAGAGGGCAGGAUAAGGACGAGGACAGAGCGCAGGAUAAGGACGAGGACAGAGCACAGGAUAAGGAUGAGGACAGAGUGCAGGAUGAGGACAGAGUGCAGGAUAAGGAUGAGGACAGAGUGCAGGAUAAGGAUGAGGACAGAGUGCAGAAUGAGGACGAGGACAGAGCGCAGGAUAAGGAUGAGGACAGAGUGCAGGAUAAGGACCAGGACAGAGCGCAGGAUAAGGAUGAGGACAGAGUGCAGGAUGAGGACAGAGUGCAGGAUGAGGACAGAGUGCAGGAUAAGGAUGAGGACAGAGUGCAGAAUGAGGACGAGGACAGAGCACAGGAUAAGGAUGAGGACAGAGCGCAGGAUAAGGACGAGGACAGAGUGCAGGAUAAGGACCAGGACAGAGCGCAGGAUAAGGACGAGGACAGAGUGCAGAAUGAGGACAAGGACAGAGUGCAGGAUGAGGACAGAGUGCAGGAUGAGGACAGAGUGCAGAAUGAGGACGAGGACAGAGUGCAGAAUGAGGACGAGGACAGAGCACAGGAUAAGGAUGAGGACAGAGUGCAGAAUGAGGACGAGGACAGAGUGCAGAAUGAGGACGAGGACAGAGUGCAGAAUGAGGACGAGGGACGAGUGCAGGAUAAGGACGAGGACAGAGUGCAGAAUGAGGACGAGGACAGAGUGCAGGAUAAGGACGAGGACAGAGUGCAGAAUGAGGACAAGGACAGAGUGCAGGAUGAGGACAGAGUGCAGGAUGAGGACAGAGUGCAGGAUAAGGAUGAGGACAGAGUGCAGAAUGAGGACGAGGACAGAGCACAGGAUAAGGAUGAGGACAGAGCGCAGGAUAAGGACGAGGACAGAGUGCAGGAUAAGGACCAGGACAGAGCGCAGGAUAAGGACGAGGACAGAGUGCAGAAUGAGGACAAGGACAGAGUGCAGGAUGAGGACAGAGUGCAGGAUGAGGACAGAGUGCAGAAUGAGGACGAGGACAGAGUGCAGAAUGAGGACGAGGACAGAGCACAGGAUAAGGAUGAGGACAGAGUGCAGAAUGAGGACGAGGACAGAGUGCAGAAUGAGGACGAGGACAGAGUGCAGAAUGAGGACGAGGGACGAGUGCAGGAUAAGGACGAGGACAGAGUGCAGAAUGAGGACGAGGACAGAGUGCAGGAUAAGGACGAGGACAGAGUGCAGAAUGAGGACAAGGACAGAGUGCAGGAUGAGGACAGAGUGCAGGAUGAGGACAGAGUGCAGAAUGAGGACGAGGACAGAGUGCAGAAUGAGGACGAGGACAGAGCACAGGAUAAGGAUGAGGACAGAGUGCAGAAUGAGGACGAGGACAGAGUGCAGAAUGAGGACGAGGACAGAGUGCAGAAUGAGGACGAGGGACGAGUGCAGGAUAAGGACGAGGACAGAGUGCAGAAUGAGGACGAGGACAGAGUGCAGGAUAAGGACGAGGACAGAGUGCAGAAUGAGGACGAGGACAGAGUGCAGAAUGAGGACGAGGGACGAGUGCAGGCUGCCCCCUUGGCAUUGGAUGGUAUACACUGUGUCCAAGCAGAUUUCAGCUCUGUGCCCCACUGA